AUGGCGUGUGGGUUCUGUCGUCGUGGUUCUCCUCAGAUGGUCCUGCUCAUUGUGACUGUGGCUCUGCUGCUGGAGAAUCUACUGGGGACCGUCAUAAUUCCCAUCGCUCCAGCGUUGGUUUACUUCAUGGAGCACCCGGAGAACUCCACCGGAGGGACCGGGGCCUCCGAGCCGGCCCUGCCCAUGCACGGUGCACCUGUGCUGGACACGGAGACGCCCGACAGCCCCUCCCCUGGCUCCUCCCCUGGCUCCUCCCCUGGCUCCUCCCCCGGCUCCUCCCCCGGCUCCUCCCCCGGCUCCUCCCCCGGCUCCUCCCCCGGCUCCUCCCCGGACCAACAGCAGAACCGCACCUCCAACUCUUCUCGCCACCUAGACGUAAGCUUUAAAGUGGGGGCCUUGUUCGCGACCAAAUAUCUGGUCCAGCUCUGCUUCAGCCCCGUCGUGGGACCUCUCACCAACAGGAUUGGGUUCCACAUCCCGCUGUUUGUCGGGUUCCUGAUCAUGUUCAUCUCAACUCUCUUGUUUGUGUUUGCGGACUCGUUCGUGCUGCUCUUCUUGGCGCGGGGCGUCCAGGGCGUCGGUGCCUCCUUCAGUUUCGUGGCAGGAAUCGGUUUGUUGGCGACGACUUUCCCCGACGACCUGGAGCGAGGCCAGGCCAUGUCCAUCGCUCUGGGGGGGCUGGCCCUGGGAGUCAUCUGUGGGGGUCCGUUCGGCAGUGUCAUGUAUGAGUUUGUGGGGAGGAGCGCCCCCUUCCUGGUGCUGGCGGGAGUGGCUCUGCUCUCUGGAGCGCUGCAGCUCUGUUUCCUGAGGCCCACACAGGUCGCUCCAGAGAGCACAAAAGGAACACCUUUAUUCACACUCCUGAGAGACCCGUACAUCCUGCUCGCCGCAGGGGGCACUGUCAUAGCUCAGACUAUGAUUUCGGUCUGUGACACCAUCCUGCCCAUGUGGAUGAUCGAGACCUUCGGCGCCUCCCAGCUGCUGCUCGGCAUUGUGUUCCUCCCGGCCUGCGUGACCUACACUCUCACCAUGAGCCUGUUCGGGACCCUGAGCCAAAAGCUCGGCCGGUGGCGGUGCGUCAUUGUCGGGUUGAUCGUGAACGGAGUCACCAUGGCCUGUGUGAGUAGAUGCCGUUGUCGAAAAAACAUCGCCGCUGUGUUUGCAUGUGUCGGUGUGCUCGGCUUCUCUGCCGGGAUCCUGGAAGUGUCUCUCUUGCCCAUCUUCGCUCAGCUUGUGGACAUUCGCCACGUUUCUGUUUACGGCAGCGUUUACGCCAUCACCGACGUGGCUCUGUGCUUCGGCUUCAGCUGCGGGCCUCUGGCAGGGGGCGCUCUGAUGGACGCUGUGGGGUUUUCCAACGUCAUGUUGAUCUUUGGAGUCGCCAACUUCCUGUACACCCCACUGUGUUACUUCCUACGAAACCCCCCGACCACAGACGAGAAGAAGCCCAUUGUGAACGGAGACACAGUUAAAUAUAAAGUGCAAGACUGAAGUUGGACCAGCAGGGGGCAGAACCUCCUGUCUCCGCCCACCACCUCCUGUCUCCGCCCACCACCAAACUUUUCACAUCUCUCCCGGACCGGAGCGGAGUUUUGCCUUCACAGUAAUUAAUGUUCACAACAACAACUAGCAUGCCAAGGCACUCUUCCUGAUUCUCAGACAGUAAAAAAAAAAAACACGGUGGACUCGUUUGGACCUUAAGAGCUGCUUUUACAAAAACAAAAACAGACAUUGUGACAGUGAGCGGGGUCGCCUCUCCACAGAUCUGACCUGUCAAUCGGUCUGGUCUGGAAACGUUUAAUGCCACACUGUGAAACAUUCCAGGCAAAACAAU